AUGGAACCCGAAGCGGUGCAGUGCAACGUUCCCGAUGCUUUCUGCACAGAACGGAUCCGAUUUCGUCGGUUACGCUCGCAAAACAUUGUGCAUCGUUUGCGGAACAGAGAAACGGGCCAUCGUCACCGAACGCCUCAGCACGCAAUCCGCGAACUAUACCAGAACGUGUACCCGAAUCUAACCGUCGUUAAUGUGGAACGGCCACCGUGCUAUCUGCGCAAGUUUAGCCCGGACGGCAAGUAUCUGAUAGCGUUUUCAUCCGACCAGGCAGCGUUAGAAAUUUACGAGUAUCAAGGAUGUGCGGCAGCCGGCGAUCUACUCAGCAACUGGGACGAUACCGAAUUGAUGGUGGAUUACGAACCGGGGUACAGUAGCGUGAUAAGGGCAAAAAUCUUUGACCAAUUGUUCAAGCUGAAGCAUGUGGUGAAUCUGGAGAAUCAUGAGAAACAUCUCAACCGAGAGUGUAGCCUGUUCACGAACGAUGGACGGUAUGUGAUUGUGGGAGCCGCUUCCUUCAUACCGGAAGAAAACCGUCCCAACUUUUACGAACUGUACACGAACAACGAGGUAAUCAAGCCGACGGCCGGUUGCCCGCUUGAGGACUACACGCUGUACAUUAUUGAUCUACACUUUGGUCGUAUCUCGCAUUCGCGGGAUUUUCGCGUGGACAAGAUCAUACUGUCCCACAAUCAGGGUGUUUAUCUGUAUAAUAGUACGCUCGCAAUACUGUCCAUUCACCAUCAGUCGAUGUAUAUCUUUUCGAUUGCCGAUGGAACUUUCUUCCCCGAGCGUACGAUCGGACGGUUCUGCAGUGGGGAGGAUGAACGGUAUUACACCAGUGCGUUCAUGACGGACGGAAGGGGCAGCGCACCGCCACCACCACGUGCCUUCCGUGAGCCCACCAUCAACAGUCUAAAGCACCGCAUACUGGUAUUUUUGUUUCGGCAGGCUAAAGCGCAGGUAGACCGUGGCGAGGAUAGUUUGGCGUUGCGAAAAUUUUACCGCCGGUUCGACGAGUACAAGGAUCUGCGGAUGUGGAAAAUGCAGCUGCUCGACGAUGAUCUGCUGCUGAUCAAGUACGCACACGAAGACGUCGUCACGUUGAAAGCGCACGAACCGAAUAGCCAAUACUCCAUGUUCGUGGUGUAUCACAUAUGGGACAUGCAGAUCAUUGCGGUGUACAGCAAUCAAUCGACGCAGCUGCUCGAGCUGUAUGAGAAUUUUUGCGACAAUUUCCGUAAUGCUUCCCAUAACCAUCGGACCCCGUUUACCUGCUCGCCGAGCAACAAUCUCUACAGCCGGUUGCUUCACACACGCUUCAAGCAAACGAUCAUUGGAGCACGUGGUGGCAGCGAGGUCGAGGCAACGAAGCGCAUCCUUGCGCAGCUACCGAUUAGUGCGCAAAGCUAUACGAGCUCGCCGUAUCUAGAUCUGGGACUGUUCAGCUACGAUGACAAGUGGGUAUCAGCGAUGGAACGGCCGAAAGCGUGCGCCGAGUUUCCGAUCCGAUUUUAUGCGCGUGAUUCGGGACUGCUGAAAUUUCGCAUCUACGCCGGCAUGGGACACCAAAUAGCGCCCCAUCCGGGACUGCGUCGCCUGGUAGCAUUUAUCUUUCACCCGACCGAACCGUUCGCAAUCAGUGUUCAACGCAUCAACUCGGAUUACAUUGCCAACUUCCAUUUGCGGCAUGUACCGAGCAUAAAGCGGAAGCACGUGUGGCCAUCGAAAACGUAG